AUGGACAAUUAUAACAGUUCAUUGCAACGUUAUAAAACAGGGAGGGAUGAUUUUGGCACAUUUCCAGUAUCGGCAGAACUGUUCAAGGCAAGCGUUAAUCCGGACGUUUAUGUUCGUGGAACACCGGCAAACUACGGAAAUUACGCCACAGGCGACAGAUUGCCCCGUCAUCCGGAAAUGCUACGCGGAGGUUGUUCACGUUUACAUAAUUUAUUUAAAAAAUUGCUGUCGUUGAGUUUUUGCAAAGAUAACUGA